AUGAAUUAUUUAUUAUUAAGUUUUAUUUCAUUAUUUACAAUAAUUAAUAGUAGUUAUAAUCCAAUUCCAACUGGAGCUAUUAUUAUAUCUACUAUAAAUAAAAUAUAUAUUAUGAAACCACAAGAAUAUAAUGGAGAUGAUCAAUUAACUAUUAUAUUUACAGCACCUUCAAAUAUGAAUAUUAUUAAUACUAUAUAUGAUUCUGUACUACGUAAUCUUUAUAUACUUUUUACAAAUGAAACAAAUGGUAGUAUUUAUUUAUGUCAAUUAAUGAGUCUUGAAACACUUGAUUCAACUAUUUAUCAACUUCCAAUUAAAUAUGAUAUUUCAAAUAUAAAUAAUUUAACUUCAUUUACAUCGGAUGUUGAUAAUCGACGUGCUUUAUUUACAGAUCAAAUGGGUAAUGUUAACUUAUUUUCUAUGAGUGGUUUAAUGCAAAUUAAUAUAUCAAUACCAACAACAAUUAUAAAUACUGUACGUUCAGUAAAUUAUGCUGAAACAAUAAAUCGAUUAUUUAUUAUAACUGAUACAAAAAUAAGUUCAUGUACUAAUUUUAAUCAAAAUAAUCUUCAAUGUUGUCAAGCACCACCUCAAUUAAAUCAACUUCGUUCAAUAGCAUUUGAUUAUAUAUCUGGUGCUAUAUAUGUUUAUGUUCUUGAUUAUACAACAGGUAUUUAUCAAGUUGUUUUAGAAUCAAAUGGAUGUCCAAAAUCUGUUCGACCUUUAAAUUCACUUGGAACUUAUAGUAAUAUUCAAUUUGUUAUUGAUCAUGGUUUAUAUUUUGCAUCGGGAAGUAAAGCAAAUCAAAAUGAUAAUUCCAUAUUAGUUAUAGCUAAUAGUACACAAACACCACGAGAUAUUUCUAUUGGUUCAAGUAUUGUUGCAUUACAUAUUUCACCUCCAAGUAUUCAAUCAACUUUAAAUAAAGUAGAAACUUGUUUUCAUGGUAUAACCUAUUCUGAUUAUCGUGUUGCCGUUAUACUUGCAGCUGUAUUUGGUACAGUAAUGGGUAUUUUUAUGUGUUUUAAUGUAUUAUUCUGUAUUGAUUUCUUUAUGACCAAGAGUAUUAUACGUAAUUUGAAAAAACAAAUACCACAUAAUUUAUUAGAAGAUCGAUGGAAUAAAUUAGUUGAAGAAAAAUAUGCAAAAUUAGCACUUGAAAAACAACGGCAAACUGAGAAUCCAGCGCCUAAACGUAAAGCAUCUAUAUUCGAACGAAAAACUCCAGUAGUUAUUCCUGCUAGUAGUGGUACAACUACUCAAGUUAGAUCAGGUACUACAACUAAUGAUGAAAUUCCUCGUAUAUCUAUUACAAAACCAAAAAUAACUGCAUAUCUUCGACGUGCAAGUGAUAAUUAUUUUAAUCGUCGUCGAAGUGUAGAAUAUCAAACUUAUCAGGAUCCACCACGUUCUGAAUUUAGUGCAACACAAUUAAGUUCACCACGAGUUCAAAUACAACCAAAUCAAAGUUAUAUUGAACCUGUAGCAGAAGAAGACGAAAAGCAAAAUCAAGGAGGAAGACUUCGACAAAAUCUUAGCGGACAACAAUUACUUAAAUUUGAUGAAGAUUUUCUAUAG